AUGGGAGCGUGCGUCUACAUUCGAGCUGCUGACGAAGGAGGAAACACAUCAUCACAUCUGCUGUGCGCGAAAUCUAAAUUGGCGCCUAUCGGAAAUGGACGGACCACGUUACCUCGCCUGGAACUGUGUGCGGCGGUGAUUUUGACCCGCCUGAUGGCGAGCGUUAUCACGGAAAUCUCGACCCCUUUCAUCGAAAUACGAGCUUAUUCGGACUCCACAGUGGCACUAGCAUGGAUUUAUGGCGGUGCGUCGAGAUGGAAGACGUUUGUUGCCAACCGCGUGGCUGAAAUCACCACAUUACUUCCGGCAAUCAACUGGCAGCACGUGGACACCAACAACAAUCCUGCAGACUUGAUCUCGCGCGGUGCUCUACCAGCGCAAAUUAUUAACAAUUCUCUCUGGUGGCACGGACCAUGCUGGACAAGCACAACCAGUGACCACGUAUCAUCACAAGUCCUUCCCGCGCUCGACGUGACUCUGCAGAGACAAGUAGAGAGAGAACAACGUUCAAUUGCCGUAGCAUGUAUAGCUACGUAUGAUAAUGACUUCCUCGACGCGAUGUUAUCUCGGUACUACCCAAACCUUCAGCUUCUUAUACGCAUCACGGCCCGGAUGUUACGUUUCAGUCAUCGAGAAUUUAGAACGACAAAUCGUUUAACGCCAAAGGAAAUUGACAACGCAAUGAGAGUGUAUGUGCGGCACGAACAGAGCCAGCACUACUGGAAGGAAAUCUUUCAACUGGACAGUAAACGGGAAAUCAACAAUAACAGCUCGCUCCGUCAACUGCAACCGUUUCUGGACGAAAACCGUCUCCUCAGGGUGGGCGGUAGACUGCAGCUGUCAGAACUCAACUACGAGUCGAAGCAUCCGAUCCUGCUGACUAGCCACUCAACUCUCACCGCGCUUAUUCUCCAUCAUGAGCAUCGCGAGCAACUUCACUGUGGUCCGCAAUCGUUACUAGCGGCGGUUCGACGGCGCUUUUGGAUUGUUCGUGGAACGAGUGCAGCCCGGAAGACGUGUCGAUCCUGCGUCGAAUGUGUUCGUGCAAGACCAGUUCCAUUGCAUCAGAUGAUGGGUCAACUACCAGCGGAUCGUCUGAAACCGAAUCCGCCUUUCUUCAUCACCGGCAUUGACUAUGCUGGACCGAUUAGUUUCGUCAGUCGUCGAACACGUGGCGCCGUAUCGAGCAAAGGAUACAUCGCACUGUUCAUCUGUUUUUCGACACGAGCUGUACACCUUGAAGCUGUGUCGGAUCUCACCACCUCUGCUUUCAUUGCUGCUUUCACCCGCUUCAGUAGUCGAUAUGGGUUGCCUAACAAAAUCUAUUCGGACAACGCUACUAAUCUACGAGGAGCAGCAGCCAAAUUCCGCAGCAAAAUUAUACAAACAAAUCAACACGGCUGA